AUGGGGCCCUAUGGUUCCACCGUUUGCUCCGGCGUCAGCAGCAGCGCCAGCUCCUCGUCUUCCUCCUCCGUCACCAAACCAACCGCCGAGAUCGAUGGCUAUUUGGCCGACGCCGGCUACAAGGUCCGCUCCUCCGACCUACGACAUGUCGCUCAGCGCCUCGAGCACCUCGAGACCGUCAUGGUCAACACCCCCAACAACCUCUCCCAGCUCGCCUCCGAUGCCGUUCUCUACAACCCCUCCGACAUCGCCACCUGGGUCGACUCGCUCCUAUCCGAGUUCAACCACCAGCCCCUUAUCUCCCUACCAUCCGAUCUCGACUUCCCUGACGCCAUCAUCAAUCCAACGGACCUCCCCAACGACACCUGGGCCGAACCUCUUCCGCCGCCUCAGCAGCAGCAGCACCAACUCACCGUCGUCACGGCUAUGGAAGAAGAUUCCGGGAUAAGGCUCGUCCACUUGCUCGUCACGUGCGCCGAAUCCGUCCAGCGUGGCGAUCUCGCGUUGGCGGGCUCGCUGAUCGAGAACAUGCAGACUCUGCUCACACGUGUCAACACCAGCUGCGGCAUCGGUAAGGUCGCUGGUUACUUCAUCGACGCCCUCAGCCGCCGAAUCUUCUCCCACCCGAGCGUCGCCUCGGCUCACGAGAACGAGCUCCUCUACCAUUACUUCUACGAGGCCUGCCCGUACCUCAAAUUCGCUCACUUCACCGCCAAUCAGGCCAUCCUGGAAGCCUUCCAGGGUCACGAUUGCGUCCACGUCAUCGAUUUCAACUUAAUGCACGGCUUGCAAUGGCCGGCGCUUAUACAGGCCCUGGCUUUACGCCCCGGUGGGCCCCCUUUGCUCCGACUGACGGGCAUUGGACCGCCGUCGCCGGACGGGCGAGACUCGCUGAGAGAAAUCGGCCUUCGACUGGCCGAAUUGGCUCGGUCCGUCAACGUCCGUUUCGCCUUUCGCGGCGUGGCGGCUUCGAGGCUCGAGGAUGUGAAGCCGUGGAUGCUGCAGGUGAGCCCGAAGGAGGCUGUGGCAGUGAACUCAAUCAUGCAGCUGCAUCGGCUUCUCGGAUCGGACCCGAACCGGAAUUCCCCAAUUGAGAUGAUGCUGGGCUGGAUCCGGAACCUGAACCCGAAGAUCGUGACGGUUGUGGAGCAGGAAGCGGACCACAACAAAACCGGGUUCUUGGACCGAUUCACGGAGGCUUUGUACUACUACUCGACCAUGUUCGACUCGCUGGAGGCUUGCGCGAUGCAGCCGGAGAAGGCCUUGGCGGAGAUGUACAUACAGAGGGAGAUAUGCAACGUGGUGUGCUGUGAGGGCGCGGCUCGAGUGGAGAGACACGAGCCGUUGGGGAAGUGGAGGGCUCGGCUGGGACAAGCCGGGUUUAGGCCUCUGCAUUUGGGUUCCAAUGCUUUCAAGCAGGCGAGUAUGCUUCUGACACUUUUCUCGGCUGAAGGAUACCGGGUGGAAGAGAACGACGGGUGCCUCACCCUCGGCUGGCACAGCCGUCCUCUCAUCGCGGCUUCGGCUUGGCAAGUCAUGCCUACGGCUGAAGCAACCACAGCCAACCAACCGGUUGGGGUUAUUAAUCAGAAUAAUAAUGCCAAUCAUGUCUAA